GUUUGGAUCUCUAUUUUAGGACAGAGAGAUUAUUUUUCUAACACUGGAAUACUAUAAAUACGUAUAUGCUCCUGUUACAUUUGAUACGUUGCACAACAUUUCUCUCUUCCUAAUUUCCUUUCAAAAUUCCAUUCUGGUAGAAAUACAUUACUACAAUAUGGCCUCAUUGUCCUCUGCAUUAGGUUCACCUAAGUACAAUCCGGCCAACUAUAACCAGGCCACCCUGGGCCAAUAUUUAGCCCGGCGGCUGGUCGAGAUCGGAGUGAAAGAUAUUUUCACUGUGCCCGGCGACUCUAAUCUUAGCCUCUUGGAUUACCUGAUUGCGGAACCCGGACUUAACAACAUCGGAUGCUGUAACGAGCUCAACGCAGGCUACGCCGCCGACGGUUAUGCUAGGCACCGGGGAGUGGGCGCAUGCGUGGUUACAUUCACCGUCGGCGGGCUUAGCCUUAUCAAUGCCGUCGCCGGAGCUUACAGUGAAAAUCUUCCGGUGAUUUGCGUCGUCGGAGGGCCGCAUUCAGAUUAUUACGCCAGUCAUAAGAUUAUUCACCACACUAUUGGUCUUCCGGAUCGUAGCCAAGAACUAAGAUGCUUUCAGACGGUUACAUGUUAUCAGGCGGUAGUGAAUCGGUUGGAAGACGCACAAGAACAAAUUGACACGGCCAUCUCUACAUCUCUGAAAGAAAGUCUGCCUGUUUAUGUUAGCAUCAGUUGUAAUUUGGCCGGAAGCUCACAUCCUACAUUUAGCCUGAAACCCAUUCCUCUUUCGAUCUCACCAAGAUUAAGCAACAAGUUGGGAGUGGAGGCCGCAGCAGAAGCAGCAGCAACCUUCCUAAAUAAGGCAGUGAAGCCGGUGUUGAUCGGAGGCCCCAAGCUCCGAGUCGCCAAGGCUGGCGAUGCAUUUCUCGAAUUCGCGAACGCAUCUGCCUAUCCCCUCGCCGUAAUGCCAUCGGCAAAAGGGCUUCUGGUGCCGGAGAACCACCCACACUUCAUUGGUACAUAUUGGGGUUCAAUAAGCUCACCCUUCUGCCGUGAAACUGUAGAAUCCGCGGACGCUUACAUAUUCGUCGGCCCGGUUUUUAGUGACGGAACUACUGUUGGACAUUCAUUGCUGCUCAACAAGGACAAAGCCAUUAUCGUUCAGCCCGACCGGGUUGUGAUCGGGAACGGCCCGGCUUUCGGAUGUGUUCUCAUGAAAGAUUUCCUUCAGGAAUUGACAAAGAGGAUUAAGAAAAAUAACACUGCUUUUGAGAAUUAUGACAGGAUAUUUGUUCCUGCGGGAAUUCCACAUAAGAGUCGACCUAAACCUCUAAGGGCGAAUAUACUGUUUUACUAUAUUCAAAAGAUGCUGUCAAGUCAAACUGUUGUGAUUGCCGAAACUGGAGAUUCUUUGUUCAACUGUCAGAACCUCAAAUUGCCACAAAAUUGUGGGUACGAGGUUCAACUAUUGUAUUCUUCUAUCGGAUGGUCUAUAGGUGCUACGCUAGGCUACGCUCAGUCUGCACCUGAAAAGCGUGUUAUUGCGUGCAUCGGUGAUGGGAGCUUUCAGAUGACUGCUCAAGAUGUGUCCACAAUGAUAAGGAAUGGCCAAAAAAACAUAAUAUUCUUAAUCAACAAUGGAGGAUAUACCAUGGAGGUUGGGAUCCACGAUGGACCCUAUAAUGUCAUCAAGAAUUGGAAUUACACUACACUUGUCGAUGCAUUUUGCAAUGGAGAUGGCAACUGUUGGACUGCGAAGGUGCGAACUGAAGAGGAGCUGAUUAAGGCAAUUGAAGUAGCAACAGGAGAGAAGAAAGACUAUUUGUGCUUCCUUGAAGUGUUUGCUCACAGAUGUGAUACCAGCAGAGAAUUGUUACAAUUUGGAUUCAACACUACAUCUUCCUCCAAAUCCUUGAUCGAAGCAUGGCCAUAAAAAUGAUAUCAGCAAUGCAUUGAUUAAGAAAAAAAAUAAAAACCAAGGCGCGCGGUGUUUUUUAACAUGUUUGUUUCUUUAAGAUCCAUGUUUCGUGAUUUCAAUUGAAAUAUAUACUUUCUCCGUUCUAAAAUAAUUGUUUAGUUUUUUUAUAUAUUACACACCCGGUGUCUGAAGUUACUGUUUCGACUAAUCCGGAUUCAAAGAAUUGUAUUAUAAUUAAAAUUAUAAAUUAGAUAUCAUUUUGGAACUCCGUGA